AUGGAACACUUGCAGGACGAAGCCGCGCGGCCGCCGGAGCAACAGCGGCGCGCGCCGCCGGUGCGGGUCACGGACCCCGUCACCGGCGAUGAGGUCGAAAUGAGCAAGACUGCCGCGAAGAAGCUCGCGAAGCGCGCGCUGCGCCAGGAAAAAAAGGACGCGACGAAGCACGAGCGCCGCGCCAAGGAGCGCCAGCGGCGCAAGGAGCGGCGGCACGAGCUCAAGGCGCAGCGUGCACAGAAUCCCGAGGCGUACGUGCCGCGCGUGCGCACGCCGGCUGUGCCGUUUGGCGCGCGCGUCGUGGUGGACCUCGGCUUUGACGAUCUAAUGACGGCCGACGAGGCGACGUCGCUCGCGGCGCAGCUGGGGUACCUCUACGGCGCGAACCGCAGCUCCGCGAAUCCCUUCCAGGAGGUGGUCUUUGCGGGGGCAGGGCGCGUCUCGGGCGCGUCGCUGGGAUUUGCGCCGCCCCACGGCGGCGCGCACGUCUUUCCCACCGCGGGCUCCGGCGAGUCGUCCCUCUUUCGCGACCGCGUCGGGGUGCAUAUGGAGGAGAAGAACCAGGGCUCAUGGCGCAGGUGGCAGCGCGUCAAGCUCCUCGAGUACGGCGGCCUGGAGCGGCUCUGGGAGGCGCGCGACGCCGCGGACGAGGCGUGGGCGAACGUCGCGCCGAGCAGCAAAGACGACAUUGUCUACCUCACGGCCGAUACCGACGAUACCAUUGACACGCUCGAGGAGGGCAAAACGUAUAUUAUUGGAGGGAUUGUCGACCGCAAUCGGUACAAGAACCUCUGCGCAAAAAAGGCCGAGGCGCUGGGGAUCCGCACCGCGCGCCUGCCGAUCGACCCGGCGUUCCUGGCGGGGCAGCGGAUGAACGCACGCAAGGUGCUCACCGUGAACCAGGUCUUUGAGAUCCUCGUGGGGUGGACCGAGACGCGCAACUGGACGGCGGCGCUGCAACGGGGCCUUCCCACGCGAAAGUUUCACCAAAACGAGGGUGGCGAGGCCGACGCGGCGGACGCAGCUGCCGAGACGACCGACGCGCCCUCCCAAUGA